AUGACUUCCACUGAUACAAUGUUCGACGUGCUGCCCACAGGUUCCAUCCCAAAGGAGCUUGGAGCCCUUCAAGAGCUCACGUUUCUUGGCCUGAGUAAUAACCAUCUCACAGGUACUGUCCCUAAGGAGCUGGGAGCCCUUGCCGAGCUCGCGCAUCUUGGCUUGGACAGCAACCAAAUCUCAGCUCUCUGGGACCACACCCAGAACGUUCAAGAUGAGGACCAAGAUAAGGGAGGUUGUGGCAUGUCAGGUGGGUCAAUGCCCGGGCAGCUGUGCCGGUUGCUUGACGUCCUCGAGAGAGCGAAAAUCGUUCUCGAUGGCAACCCCUGGGCUGAACCGCCAGAAUCUAUCGUGGACAAAGGGCGGAAGAGCAUGAGAAGUUAUUUCGAAGAUCUUUAUGCUGAACCCUGCCGGAUCGAGCGUAUCAGUACCAAGGUGGUUCUUGUCGGGCAGGAAGGAGCAGGGAAAUCGAGCUUGCGCCAGAGCAUGAAGGCCAAUGAACCAACUCCCACGGGUGAGUGGAAGGAGGAGAGCACGGUGUUUGCGGACGUGGAGCCCAUGGAGCUAGAAGGUUCAUCCGUUCGGGUGUACGACUGCGCUGGGCAGGUUGCCUACACGGGGCUUCUGCAGAUGUUCUUGACGCCACGGUCGGUUUGCGUGCUAGUGUGCAACGCGGCGGCGUUCGGGCAGCAGCUAGAACGCAAAAACUCCGGCGAAGUUGAGGAAGACUGCCGCAAGCUGGAAGAGUUGCGUGUGUGCGAUUGGCUGCGAUCAAUUUCUCGACGAGUUCCCCAUAACGACGUCAUCCUGGUGGUCACCAAGUGCGACCUGGCGGGCGGAAACGCAGCGGAAAUUGGCGAAAGAGUGGAGCAUGCCUGUCGGACGUGGCUUUCGAGCUGGGUUCGCCAUGGUAUGCAGCCCGUUCAGUUGGAGCCCGGCGUUUCUUUCACGAGCUGCUUCCCAGCAGAAGGUGGCCAACAUGGUGAGGUUGGCACUGAGAACCAUGGGUCGAAGGGGGACUGGGCGUGCGACUGGCAUGACAUGAAAGAUGAUCACCCCCCGCCCAGUUUACUUCACCGGCUCGUCAACAAGCCUGACGGAGGUGGUCUCCGAGGAGCUCAGAUGGUGCUUCCUCGCAGCUGGGAUACAGUCCUCAUUGUUCUGGAUUCUCUCGAGCAGGGACGCGAUCCGGUCGAGGUAGUACUGCGCAAGUCACUCCACCCCGACAGAGGAGACGCGACGGAAACGGCAGGAGGCAACACAGUCGUGUAUCAGGGGAUCACGGUUGAGGACCUCAGCAAGAAAUGGCAGAAAAUAGUUGAUGAGCUUGAGCGGAGAGGGAUCAUCGUCACAAACGCCAAGAAUGCUUUGGAAGGAGCUCUCUCGAUCAGGGAGUUCGACGGAUCCCUCGUUCGCCACGAAACGUUCGUCUUUCUCGACGUACUUUGGCUGGCGAGAAUCCUCAAGCCCUUGCUCAAUCACAAGGACCAAGAGACCUUUGACGGCCGUGUGAAUCUUGGGGACACGGGUGACGCGCGUAUCACCCUGGACGAUCCGUUAUACAUCGCUUCGUGGGGCAGGCUCAAGAACGAGGGCGUGCUUGAACCAAGAUUAGCGUAUGCGAUGUGGCCGGGUGGCCUGUCCGAGUAUGUUCUCCCCACGCUUGCAUCCUUGGGUCUCACGUUCCCGCUCGAAGGCGAUCUUGAUGAGGGCCAGGUAGUUCUUCUGCGGCUAAAACCAGAACGCCCCGAUAGUGUGGGCGAAGUGAUCGACACAUUCUGUUCGAGGCACACCCCAGCACUGAGUGCCAGUUGGAAUAUCUUUCUCGGUGUACCGCCUGGUGCGAUUGAAAAGGUGCUGACACGGUGCUGCGGUCUUGGUGCCGUGCAAACAUUCUGGCGAUAUGGGGUGCUUGUGCACGGUGGCCUCGGCGAUUUGGGUGGGCGCGGGAUAUUUGCCGUGGUACUAGAAUACUCAUCAACCGACCACAAGCUCAAUGGUCAGAUCUUCGGUGAUAUCGGCACUCCGGCUCCGUGGGUGGCGCUGUCAUACGUCAUGUCUGCGGUGAGCUUGAUGCUGGUGGAUUUCCCAGGACUACGCUGGGGCGGUGCUCUCAAGUGUCCUCAACAUGGUGACGCGAUGCUUAUGGCCAACAAGGUGACCCAGGCCGGAGAAACAUUUCUGAAACGCAGAUGCCCGCGUUGCAGUACCGAAACCAAGGGACUUGGGGCCGCGGCUAUCGAUCUCUUGCGCAUGGUCGACAUCCGAAUGGACCGAGGUGAAAUUUUCGACGAGGUGAUGGAGAGGUUCGAUGCCCUGAAGGGCCACUACUCCUUCGAUGGCCAGGCGGGUAGCUCCAAGAAAAAGGACGGGUUGACGCGAAUGGUCGAAAGCAUCAUCAAAACCAUGAAGGGGGGGGUUGACGACACCAAGGCCGGGUUGGAUGAGGUGAAGGGAGGGUUUGGCAACGUGCAGGGCGAGGUGAGGAGAGGAUUUGGCUACACGAAGGCUGCUCUCGACGGUAUCACGGACGGCUUAGGCGAAGUGAAGGUCGAGGUGGAGGAUGGGUUCGGCAUGAUGACAGGAAGGCUGGACAAGGUGCUCGAGAGUACCCAGGAAAGCCUAAUGCGCCUGAAGAACUUGCAGGCCCCGAACUACCUUUACCCUCGGCUUGUGGUCGUCAAGGAGGUUGGAUCUGGUGGCACUUCGUCGAAGGCCCAUGGGAAGAAGAGCAUGCUGACCAAGCUCCGUGGCUUGGCAAAGAAGGACAUGACCCUGCACUUCUUGUGCCCGGUCGACAUGACCAGGGUACCGUGUGGCUAUGGUGGUGAAGGCCAUCGGUUUAAGCAGACGCGUGGCUGGGUGAGGAAAAUAUCGCCGGUGCUUCAGGUGGCCGUGGUGACCGCGAAGGUAGCGCUGAACGCCACGACAGGACUGAACGUGGACCCCUCGGAUUUCCUGAAGGACGUGAGAGACGGACUGGUGGGAGAGCUAGUCGACCGCACUCUUGACGAACAUGCGCUACGUCGUGUUGUAACGGGUGAGGAAGCAAUCGGUGCCGACAUGCAAAGGGGUACGAGGGCCUCUUACGAAGCGCUGAAGAAGUUCAUGGACAAGGAGGAAAUCAAAAGGUGUAAGGACGCCAAGGAUGGUGAUGGCUACGUUCACUUCAGAGACGAGAUGAAGCGUGUAGCCGACGGGAAGGGGGGAAUGGUGUGGGUGCGGAACAAGAACGUUCAAAAGUGGCUGGAAUCGCGUGCCGCACCGACCAGAUAG